UUUGGCACGGCGGUAUAGGACUUUUGGCCGAGUAUUUUGUGAGUAUUUUCUGCUUCAGUGUAAGGUUAUUUCAAUUUCAACUUAAUCAAUCACCGGUAAAGGAUACUGACCUCGCUGACCUCUACCAUUUUCAAGGAAUCAAGGUUUGUCUGCCAGUGCCUCGUCAGCCGACCCGCAGUUCGUCCCCUGCUCCGCCGCUGUCCUCGCAGUGACCGGCGCCAUGAAGGUGUCAGUGUACGCGCCGCUGCUGUCGCGGCUGUUGGCCGGACCUCGGCCGUACGUCGGUACUCUGGUCGGCCUCGUGCACGACGACCGGGCUCACGUGCUCGGCUGCCUGCUCGACCACGUGGAGGGCGGCACGCCGGGCGUGGGCAGCGAGCUGCUGGACGCGCUGCCCGGCGGCCUGGCCCCGCUCGGCGUGGCCGGAGACAGUGACGGCCGUCUGGAGGAGCUGGCGCUGCUGUCGACUGUCAUCAGCCUGCUGCCGGCGGGCGCGCAGCGCGCGGUCGUCCUCUCCGUCAGCGGCGGCGAGGGCGAGGGAGAGCCCGAGCCCACCGCCGCCGUCUUCCUGUACGGCGACGGCGAGCUGGAGCGCACCGAGUUCGAGACGUUCGGCGCCGAGCAGCUGCGCGCACAGACCGUGCUGCUGCGCCUGGAGGGAGCGCUGUCGCUACGCUGCAAGCCUGGCUGCGAGCCGCUGGCAGAGGCCUUUGACCGGCUGAAGCGCACGCUCGACUCGCCGGUGGCCUGCUUCGUCCAGCCGGAGGCGAAUCGACUGCUGCGCGCGCAGGACGACGAGUCUGCGCCCGAGGGCAGCUGCGCAGAGCUGGCGGGCCGGCGCUCUGCGGGGCGCGCUCAGGCGCUGUUCAAACUGAUGCUGCAGCGGACUGGUCUGGUUGAGAGCCGGCCGGCCGGCGGUGCUCCGGUGAUCGAGUACUGUCGCGGCCGACAGCAGCUGGUGGACCUCACGCUGCCUAUCAGCUGCGUGGCGCUGGUGGCGGCAGCCGCUCCGCUCGCGCAGGCGGCCGCUGCCCUCUCUGAGGCGGCGCUGCGGCAGCUGGCGCAGCUGCGCACGGUCAUCACGGACGUAUACCGGGAAAAGGAGCGGGUGGUGCCGGCCGAGCCGCUGCACUUCAACCCCGAGGAGUGCGGACACUACGUGACACUCGUCUACAGCGCUGCCUCCGACGACGAGAAGCUCGAGUCCUACCGACGGAACGUGCACGCGGCUCUGCUCCUGGCCGCCGACCGGCCGCUGUUCCGACGUGCCAACCGGCACCGGUUCGAUGACCAGUCGCCGUUCCUGACCAACGUGCACGUGGGUCUGUCGGCGCCGCGUCAGACGGCCGGACAGACGGCGCUGGUGCGCGGCACGUACGUCUACCACCACUACAUGCAGGACCGGAUGGACGACAGCGGCUGGGGCUGCGCCUACCGCUCGCUGCAGACCCUGGCCUCGUGGUUCCAGCGGCAGGGCUACACCGGCCGCGCGCCGCCGACGCACAGAGAGAUCCAGCAGUGCCUGGUCGACAUCGGCGACAAGCCGGCGUCGUUUGUCGGCUCUCGCCAGUGGAUCGGCUCCACGGAGGUCAGCUACUGCCUGCAGCACCUGUACGGCGUGGAGUCGCGCAUCCUACACGUGAGCAGCGGCGCCGACCUGGGCUCCAAGGCGCGGGCGCUGCUGCGGCACUUCAACGACGAGGGCACGCCGGUGAUGAUCGGCGGCGGCGUGCUGGCGCACACGCUGCUCGGCGUCGCCUUCGACGAGGCCAGCGGCGAGGCGUCGUUCCUGGUGCUGGACCCGCACUACACGGGCGCGGAGAAUCUGACCACCAUCCAGAACAAGGGCUGGUGCGGCUGGAAGGACGGCCAGUUCUGGGACCAGACCGCCUACUACAACCUCUGCAUGCCGGUCCGGCCGCGCUGUGUGUAGUCGGUAUGUGAGAUACCCGUCUCCUGAGUACCGACAGCGGGAGUGCCGGGAUGGACAGGAAGGCUAUGAAAAACGUGAUACGAUACGAACCACAUUCCACAGAGGCUAGACCUCCCCAGAUAUUGGCUAUACGCCAGUCGUCAAUAUGGCGUCCGACUGGAAUGUGCAGAGCGAAUCCCAAUAAAUGCGACCGGCGCGGGACAAUAACGACGCUAUCACGUUGGCCGUUGGAUAACCACUAGGUGAGUGUAAACAGUAUACUGACCUGUCGACGACUGUAUGCUGGUCUCUCGGUGACUGUAUAUUGGUCUGUUGGUGUCUGUAUACUGGCCUUUGGGUGAGCGUGUACUGACUGCUGGGUGGGAUUGCACACUGUGUACCGAUUGCUUGAUUGGUAUAUACUAGCCCCUCGGUGGGCGUUAGCUGACUUCUCGGUGGGUGAAUACUGACCGGUUGGCGGUUUCGUCCGCGACCACCGUGCGGUGGGCGGUGGGGGGCAUACCGGACCCCAGACCAGCCCGGGUCUCUGACAGCGGUGGGGCGGCACCUGGCGGCGGCUGUGUCUGUCGACCUCGUCUGUCGGCUCCCGGACAGCGGAUAACGCCGCACGCGCUGAUACCGUGUGUCGUCAGCCAGCGCUGUGCUCGUGUGGGAUGGGCUUUGAUCGGAAUAGGCGACAUAUUUAUUGUUAUAGUCCUUUCUGCUAAUGCGACUGCAGUGAUGUUUGACGGUGGUGUUAGGCUGACGGGUGUUGGAAUUUGCAAUUUUAAUGAGAUGGAUAUUUUCCAAGUAAAUACAUAUAAGGCGAUAUCAUUCUA